UUAGUUCUCCACUCCAGCGAUCAGAGAAGAGCUUUUCUUCUACCUCUUCCUCCUCUGGUGAGUUUUGUCACUCUGUGAGUGGGCACCGUGGCAGUGAGACUGACAGAAAUUAGCGUAGCACAGCCGAGUGUCAUACUGCCACAGCUAUAGUUGUGGUCCUCAGAGUCAGGAGAAUUUUGCCCACCCACUACUGGAUCAACAUGUUACGACGGAAACCAUCCAAUGCAUCUGAAAAGGAACAGGCUCAGGUGCAAAAGAAGAAGUUGUCUCUGCAAAGAUCCAGCAGCUUCAAAGACUUCAUGAAGCCAAAGCCAUCAUCUCCUGUAGUGAGCCCCGAGGCCACCUUGGAUGAAACGCAUUUGGAGGGUGCACCACCAGAGGAUUCAGGGAAAAGUAACGGGAAACUUGGAAAGAGAUGGAGAAAUGUCAUAUCUCGCACAAUGACGCGUAAAACGUCCAAGAUGGUACAGAAAGCCCUUGCAGAGGAGGGGAAUGAGAGUGGGGAGGACGGCUCCAUGUCUCCGAUGUCUCCGAGUGACUGGAUUCCAGAUCUCACUGCUGGGAACAGAAUAUCUGUGUGCUCCAACAGUUCAGAGGACAUAAUACACAGCCCUCUCGCACGCCAGCUCUCUGGAUGUUCUGACAGACAGAGUCUGGACAGUGGCUUCAGCCAAAGAGACAGUAUGAGGCUGGAGGACAGCACCUACACAGGGCCCUUCUGCGGCAGAGCCCUUGUCCACACUGACUUCACCCCCAGUCCAUAUGACAUGGAAUCUCUCAAACUACAGAAAGGAGACAUUAUCCAGAUCAUUGAGAAGCCACCAGUAGGCACCUGGACUGGUAAACUCAAUAACAAAGUGGGCUCCUUUAAAUUCAUCUACGUCACAAUACUACCAGAGGAGGACACGCCACCAAAGAGGAAACGAUGCCACAGUCACGGACGCCAGAAACCCAAACCAAAAACCUUGGAGGAAGUUCUGGAGAGAAUAGGCCUAACUGAGCUGGGAUCUCUUCUGUCCAUGCAUGGCUUCCAGAGUUUGGAGGACUUCACCGGCCUGAAGGAGUCUCACCUGAACGAGCUGAACAUCACAGACCCUGAGCAACGAGUAAAGAUAUUGAAAGCAGCAGAACUGCUUCAUGACUCGGAGGAUGAAUCCGAUAACGAGGAGCAAAAGACUGAAAUGCCACGAGACUCGGGUUGUUACGAGAGCACGGAGAACCUGGCAAACGGAGGUGAGGAGCCCCAGGUGGAAUCUCAACCAGAGCCAGACACAGAAACAAAUCUCAAUGCUGUUCAGGAACAACUGGAGGAGAUGAAGGUGGAGGAUAGUCCCGAGAAUCAAGAGUGAAGCCACCUGAAUGUUCUUUUCAUCCUGCUUCUUUAAAGAACCUCUCUCUGAUGGAUCGAGAGUGUCAUAACCACAUGCUGGAUUAUAUUCCAUGAAGAAAACUAUUUCAUAUGCACAGCCUAUAGAGAAGCCAAUAAGUCUUCUUAGAAGAUGGCAUAAAGGUGUUGAAGGUACUAUCAUCUAUGGAUCUAUCUUUUUCUCUUUGACUUUAUUGCUCAGAAAGUCUGAACCACAUAUCUUCAAAACCUUCAAAAGGCUUUGAAAUCUAACUGAAACUAAGAUUUUUGAGGGAUUUUGAAAAACUGACUUCGCACAAAGCAGUAUUCCAUGGAUUAAAUCCAAGGCUAUGUUCUUAAUUAAAAUAAUUUGCAUGAUGGUACCCCAAAUAUUCAUUUUAAAUGUUAAAUACAAGGUUAAAUAUUUAAGCCAUCUUUUCUGGUAAUUUGACCCCCAGUUUCACAGACAAGGCUUAAGCUAGUCCUAAUGUUUAAGCUGUUUCAACUGAAAGCAACUUGUACUGACAUAUCUUAAAAUAUGUCAGAGCCAUUGUUUUGUCUCAAGAUGCACACCAGUAAUGUUUUUUUUUUUUUUUUUUUUUAGUGUACGUUUAUAAAAAUGCUUAAAUAUCCUAAUUGAACUUACAUGUAUUACCUACAUGUAUUAUGUUUGCUCUGACUGUGAUUCUCUAAUAUCUGAGAAGUUUCAUCAUCAUUAUACCUUUAGCUAUGAAGUAGCAUUUUAUAUACUACUAUUCUUCCGUUUCUGUCGUAAUGAAUGUACGCAAGUAAUAUGCAACUAGUGCACUCGAAAAUGUUUUUUUUUUUUGCUAGGCAUGAAAGAGGAAAAGCACAUUGUUCAUGUGACGCACAUGUACUUGCAUAUUAAUCUUUUGCUUCUAUAGUCAAUGAUUUUGGUUUCUGUUUGUGGUAAUGUUUGUUAUGAUAUGGUUCAUUUUGUCUUCAGAACUGUUAUUUGUUUAAGACUCGUUUAAUACUUGUAUUUCUUUUUUACCAUUC